AUGGAUAUGGAGUACUAAUUGCAUAAGGUAGUUGUAUUACUUAAAUAAAAUUGUCUAAUCAAAAGAUUCUUUUAUCUCUCAUUCAAUUAUCUAAUGAUGAUUGCUUAACAUAUGAAAAACGAUAGAUAAUUGAUAUUUACUGUAUAUGGAAAAAUGGUAGUUUGGUCACUUGAGGAUAAAUAAUUUCCUUUAAUUAACAAGUUUAAGGUAGACAGUUAAGUUCCUAAUAAUUUAAAAAUCAGAUAUACAUUAUUAUUUGUUAGUGAAUGCAGUAAGAGUAAACAAAAACUUUAGUAUUUAACUAAUAAAAGAAAAUGGGGAAAUAAUACAGGAAUUAAAUUAAAUAAUAAUUAAAUUUGA